AUGACAGAGCUGGCGGCGUCGCUCUGCUGCAGCUCCGUCUCUACGCACAGUGACGCUACAGCUAGCAUUAGCAUUAGCUCCCGUCUCGGCCAGCCGGAGUCACAGCAGCCGGCGGCUCCUGGAUCAUUUUCACCCCGAGGACCCGCCUGUAUUCUGGGGGCUUUUUAUACAUCGUGUCGCGGUGCCUCUCCCACACGUAACACUACGAGCUCUGAGGGAAGCGGUCGGCCUUCAGGAGGAGGAGGAGGAGAGCAUGAGGAGAUGAAUGGAGUCAAAGUGGAAGCAGAGCAAAGAGGAGAUGACGUUCAGCAGCUUCCUGUCGAGGGAGCGGGAGCUGUUUCGGACCCCGAUGAUCCGACUCCACCGGACGAGCCGGGACAAAUUCCCCGCAGCCGUCAGUCAAAGCGCCGUCACCGCUGCUCGGUAUGUGGACGAGAGUUUUCUCACCCGUGCCGCCUGGCAGAACACAUGAUCACACACUCUGGAGACAAACCUCACAGCUGCUCCGUGUGCGGGAAACGCUUCACCAAGAAGAUCAACAUGGUGGUGCACCAGAGAGUUCACACGGGGGAGAGGCCGUACUCCUGCGCCGACUGUGGUGUCAGCUACGCCCAGCUGGCCUGCCUGCAGAGGCACCGGCUGCGUCACGCUGCAGAGAAACCGCACCGCUGCUCGGUGUGCGGCCACGGCUUCAUUCAGCGCCGAUAUCUGGUCCAACAUGAACGCACGCACACCGGUGAGAGGCCGUUCUCCUGCCCGCUGUGCCCAAAACGCUUCGCCUCCAAGAAAGGCCUCAGCGAUCACCAGAAAACCCACGCGGAGGAGAACCUCCACUGCUGCGCCAUCUGCAAGAAGCUUUUCUCCACGCCGUCGUCCUUCAGAGAUCACGUGAGGCUGCACACGGGACAGAAGCCUCAUCCCUGCUCGCUGUGCUGCAAGAGCUUCAACCGGCCGGGUCUGCUGAGGAAACACCUGCAGAAACACGCCGAGGAGAAGACGGAGGCAGCUGGAGGCAGACAGGAAACGCCUCAUCGCUGCUUCCUGUGUCAGAAAGACUUCUCCACCACAGAGAAGCUGCGGCAGCACGAGCUGCUCCACCAGAGGGCGCUGCAGUUCGUGUGCGACAUCUGCGGCCGAGGUUUCACCCGAGCGUCCAACCUGCAGGAUCACGUGAGGUCUCACACCGGAGAGAGACCGUUCCAGUGCCACGUCUGCAAGAAACGCUUCUCCCUGCAGAGAGUCCUCAGGAAGCACCAGGAGAUCCACCGCAGGGGCUCACCAAACACCGGCACACCCAGAGACAGCACACAUGAGCAGGUGACGGUCACAUGA